GAAUCAUUAACCAACUACCACUACAGUCCACUCAAAAUGAAAAAGCUUAUAUAGAUUAACAAAAAAACUAAGGAAAACUAAAUGCACAAGCAUAGGAAAAAACUAAUGCAGCAAUUGGCUCUAUCCGUGAUAACCUUGCUUCUCCUGGUUCAUGGGCACGAAGGAUCAGCGGUUGGAGAUCCGGGGAUGAAGAGAGAUGGUCUCAGAGUCGCGUUUGAAGCUUGGAACUUCUGCAAUGAGGUUGGCUUCGAAGCUCCUCACAUGGGUAGUCCUCGAGCCGCUGAUUGCUUCGAUGUCUCCUCUAAAUACAGCAAAGCACACAUUAUGUUGAAUCAUUCACCACACAUAGAUGACCAAUCAAAUACCGCAACAAGUGGGUAUUCCUUGGCGCACAAGGUAUCAGAUUCGGAUAACGAGCUAGGGAUAGGAAAGCCUAAACCUGGAAUCAUAUCAGAAUUAGCAUUGCAUAACCCUGACCUUUACGCGGUCGAGAAAGAACUCUACCUAGGCUCUCUCUGUCAAGUCCCAGACAAACCAAACCCAUGGAGUUUCUGGAUGGUCAUGCUCAAAAACGGAAACUACGACACAAAAUCUGGUCUUUGUCCUCAAAACGGCAAAAAGAUCCCACCUUUCAGUCAACCCGGAUUAUUCCCCUGUUUCGGCAACGGCUGUAUGAACCCACCGACGCUGAACCACGGAAAGACCGAGCUUCUGGGAGAUGGUCAGACCAUGAGGGGAUGGUUCAAUGGUACGUACGAGCUAGAAGCAGAUUUGGGAAAUGGGUUGGAUGGGAUAAGUUAUUAUGAGGUUGUGUGGGAGAAAAGAGUUGGUGUUGGUGGUUGGGUGUUUAAACAUAAGCUUAAGACUUCAGCUAAGUACCCAUGGCUUAUGCUUUACCUCAGAGCUGAUGCCACUAAAGGAUUCUCUGGUGGGUACCAUUAUGACACUAGAGGAAUGCUCAAAACACUUCCGGAGUCGCCAAACUUCAAAGUGAGACUAACACUAAAUAUCAAACAAGGAGGAGGACCAAAGAGUCAAUUCUACCUAGUUGACAUCGGAAGCUGCUGGAAAAACAACGGCCAGCCCUGCGACGGUGACGUAACCACCGACGUAACUCGAUACUCGGAGAUGAUUAUAAACCCCGAAACAGCAAUUUGGUGCAACCCCAAGAGUCUACACAAUUGUCCACCGUACCACACGUUUCGAAACGGCACCAGAGUCCACCGUACGGACCAGGGGAGGUUCCCUUACGAGGCUUACCAUGUUUACUGUGCGCCUGGAAACGCAAAGCAUCUCGAGCUUCCGGUGGGGACUUGUGAUGCUUAUAGUAACCCGCAAGCUCAGGAAAUUUUACAGCUUCUGCCUCACCCGGUUUGGGGUGAAUAUGGGUAUCCGACCCGGAUGGGUGAUGGUUGGGUGGGUGACCCGAGAACUUGGGAGCUUGAUGUUGGUGGCUUGUCCACUAGGCUUUACUUCUACCAGGAUCCCGGUACGACUCCGGCGAGGAGGAUUUGGACAUCAGUGGAUGUUGGAACGGAGAUUUAUAAAGAAGAUGAAGCAAUUGCAGAAUGGGAUCUCUCUGAUUUCGAUGUUCUUAUUACUUGAUUUAAAAAAAAAAUCAAUUCUAUACUAUAAAUAAAUAUUAUUAU